GAUCAAUGCGCGAACGCGCCAGUCGUGCAUACAGGUGGCGCGCGCGCUGACGUUUCCACCACGCCCGCAGUGUAGCCAGUUCAUCGUACGCGGGAAAGUAAUCGCAAAUUAUACAAUUAGCAAAAUGAAUCGCGAAGCAAGGGAAAGAAUAAUCGCCGAUACCUUUGAGAAGUAUAAAAUUUCUGAAUGGGGAACCAGAACGUGCGCUCAAGUGGCUACGAAUGUGGUAGAGCAGAAGCACACGGUAUCGCGGGCGAAGCGGAGCCGCGCGCUCGGCAGCCGCGCUUUUCGCGGCAGCACCGUUUGGCUGACCGGCCUGAGUGGGGCUGGCAAGACCACUAUUGCGUUCGCGCUAGAAGCCUACUUGGUGUCUAAAGGUAUUCCCACAUACGCGCUAGACGGCGACAACAUCCGCACGGGCCUGAACAAGAACCUUGGGUUCUCGAAGCAGGACCGCGAGGAGAACAUCCGGCGAGUCGCGGAGGUGGCCAAACUGUUUGCAGACAGUGGCCAUGUAUGCCUCUGCAGUUUCGUGUCGCCAUUUGCAGAGGACCGAGAAGUCGCGCGCCGUACACAUACGGACUCUGGUUUCCCGUUCUUCGAGGUUUUCAUCGACACCCCGUUGGAAGUUUGCGAACAAAGAGAUACCAAGGGACUGUAUAAAAAAGCCAGGGAUGGACAGAUUAAGGGCUUCACCGGCAUUACGCAAGAGUACGAGCGGCCCGAGGCGCCCGAACUUGUGGUGCAGACGGUGGGCAAGUCCAUCGAGGAGUCCACCAUGCAAGUCGUGCGGCUAUUGGAGGCUAAUGGCAUUAUUCCAAGCUUCGAAGGCAACCAGCUUGGCGUCGAAGAGUUGUUCAUAUACGGGAACAGGUUGACCAGCGCUAUCGAGGAGGCGGCCAGGUUGCCGUCUGUCGAAAUUUCCACUUUGGACCUUAUGUGGGUGCAGGUACUCUCAGAAGGAUGGGCUUAUCCUCUCAAAGGAUUCAUGCGGGAAAAUGAAUAUCUUCAAGCCUUAAACUUCAACUGCCUAACCCUCGCUGACGGCUCCGUGGUAAACCAGUCAGUGCCCGUUGUGUUGCCUGUCACCACCGAAAUCAAAGACAACCUCUCCGGUUCCGAGGCUAUCACGCUUGUGUAUGGCGGGAAGCCGGUCGCCAUAUUACGCGCUCCUGAAUUCUACCCGCACAGAAAGGAGUAUAGGUGUGGGAAGCAAUUCACUAUUCAUCACACUGGACAUCCUUAUAUUAAGAUGAUCGAAGAGUCCGGCGACUGGCUGGUCGGCGGCAACAUCGAAGUGUUCGAGCGAGUGCGCUGGCACGACGGCCUCGACUCGUACCGCCUCACGCCAAACGAGCUGCGAUCCAAGUUCCGGGAACUAGGGGCCGACGCCGUGUUCGCGUUCCAGUUACGUAACCCGAUCCAUAACGGUCACGCGCUCCUGAUGCAAGACACGCAGCGUCAGCUGACCGAGAGGGGAUACAAGAAGCCGGUGCUGCUACUCCAUCCAUUGGGUGGAUGGACAAAAGACGACGAUGUGCCGUUGGAAACCCGGAUAAACCAGCACAAGGCGGUGCUCAGUGAAGGCGUCUUGGACCCGCAGUCUACUAUAUUGGCUAUCUUCCCCUCGCCUAUGAUGUAUGCUGGACCUACUGAGGUGCAAUGGCACGCCAAGUGCCGCAUGAAUGCCGGCGCCAACCACUACAUAGUAGGGCGGGACCCGGCGGGCCUCCCGCACCCGGCCGGCGGCGGCGACCUGUACGACCCGCGCUACGGCGCCAUGGUGCUCAAGAUGGCACCCGGCCUGAACGAUCUCGAGAUCAUCCCGUUCCGCGUGGCGGCGUACGACACUUCCGUGGGUAAGAUGGCGUUCUUCGAUCCCACGCGGAAGGAGGACUUCGACUUCAUAUCUGGAACUCGGAUGCGAGGUCUUGCAAAGUCUGGAAAGGAGCCACCCAAAGGUUUCAUGGCGCCAUCAGCAUGGAGAGUCCUUGCCGAGUAUUAUCAGUCGCUCAAAGCUAAAAUGGACACCAACUAAGUUUCUUCCGUCCUAUCAAUUAUUAGUCUUAGAACUAUCGAAAUUUUGACCAAAUAAAUGACCUUAAGCUCAUCAAAUCUGCUAACGAUUUAUUGGCUAAGUAUAUAAUGCAACGAAUGAUUAGAAAACUUAUGUUAUACUUACACAAUGUUUUUUUUUAAUUAAUGCCGAUAAUUAAUGACAAUUAUUAAUAGGAAUAUAAGCUCUUUGACAUCUCUUUCCAUCAAUUCUUGCGCUUGGGUUUAUAGCGAUAGCAAAGAUUUGCCUGCCACAUCUAGCGUACGUUAUUUCAAAUAACGUGGCACUGCCUGACUUGGAAUAUGGGGAAGGUCAGAAUAUAAAAAAAAAAUAGGGUGGUAUCCACCUAUCCAAUUUUUUGUCCAAUGUGUAUUGAGUCUCACAUUUUACUUUAAUGAGAAAGUGAGACGCACUGACAUUGGACAAAUAAAUUGGACAGUUGGAAUAUCAUCCUUAGUUACGUAAGUAGAAAGGAGUACAGCUAUUAUGUUAUAAUGGGUGACUAUUACUAUUUUAUUUAAGAAAUAGCCUUGUAUAAACUUUAGUAAUGAAAAAUUUCAAGGCACUAAGGUCACUCCACACUAGCUUAUUUUGAGCGUCGGCGUCUAGUCAGCGCUAUGGAAAAUGGCGUCGUGCGCAGUUGCGCCACCUUUGCGUCGAGCAGCAGCCAUAGUGUAAGGCCUGAGUGGACGCUCGAGUUGAGCGUGCAGCGGGGCGGGGCGUACAUGUUAAACAAAUGCAAACAUAUAGGAGCGGCCUCAGUGUACGCUGCUCAAAUCACUUGUGAGCCCGACGCCACGCUGCACGCCCCGCCGAACACUCCGCUUCGAGCGUCCACUCGGGCCUUACACAUAGACUAGACGCCGAAGUUCGGGAGACUAGUGUGGAGUGGCUCUAAGCCGGGAUGAAGAGAUUUUAUUUUGGUGUUGUUGCAAUAAAUGGUUUGUUUAUUGAUCGAAGUAUAAUGUAGAAUAUUAGAGUAUGUUUUGAGCCAUUAGGUGUAAAUAUUAAUUCCAAUCCAUUUCUUCCGAUUGAAUGAAGAUAUAUAUUAUUUUUACGUGUACUUAAGUAUUAUAAAUGUGGUGGUUUUUUGUUGUUUGUUUUUAUAAGUGCUGUGCAUUCCGAUACAGUGUAUUCAAAAAUAAAUGUGUUUUAUACUCUUUACAUUCCGUAAAGUGACUUCUUAUUAAAGUAAAAUUAUUGUACAUUUAUUUCUUCCUGCCAUAUUUUUUUAUUACAAUGCUUGUAUAGCGUACUCAUAAAGUACUAUGUAUUUUUUUAUUCUAUUUUAAAGUCAAUCAAAUUAUUUUGAGUAUUUUAUUGGUUUAUUAUAUUAAGAUUAUUUAAGAAUAGUUAUAUUAUUGUUUGACGGAACGUUGAUGUUAAAUUAUUAAGAUGUUUAAAUAAUGUAAUUUAAUAUGGUGCUUUAAAACCUAAUAAACAUAUGUAAUUAAUGUGA